ACUCGGAGUCAGAAAAAAAACGUACACACGAUGGAGAGGACGUGGCGGAGUAUACGAAAGACGGCCUUUAUCUUAUUGCUGCCCUUACUAUUGUUAACUGAUGUAAAAUGUGAGGCACCGCUCGUCGACAGUAGUGCGUUGCCAUUGGAGCACAGAUCGGUUUAUGGUCCACCUGCACAAUAUGGACCACCCACAUCGCAUGGAGCCGAAGAGAAUUGGCCUUUGGCUUCGCCUGAUACACCGCAGAUAAAACAUCUACAGGUGCAGUGCGAGAAGACGCAUAUGCGUGUUAACAUCGAAUUUGAUCGGCCCUUUUACGGGAUGAUAUUCAGUAAGGGCUUUUAUUCGGACCCCCAUUGCGUUCAUCUCAAACCAGGCACCGGCCAUUUAAGCGCAACUUUUGAGAUUUUUUUGAAUUCAUGCGGCAUGACAUCGUCAGCCAAUCACAACGUAGCCGCUUAUGGAGCACCUACGCCAUCGGGUAGUUACGUUGAGAAUACGAUCAUCGUGCAAUACGAUCGUUACGUUCAAGAAGUUUGGGAUCAGGCCAGGAAACUUCGUUGCACGUGGUACGAUUACUAUGAGAAGCAAGUUAAUUUUAGGCCGUUCCAAGUAGACAUGUUGCACGCUGUAACAGCUAACUUCCUUGGAGAUAAUCUACAAUGUUGGAUGCAAAUACAAGUUGGCAAAGGACCAUGGGCUAGCGAGGUUUCCGGUAUCGUUAAAAUCGGACAGACCAUGACCAUGGUACUUGCUAUCAAGGACGUAGAAAAUAAAUUCGAUAUGCUGGUCAGAAACUGUGUUGCCCAUGACGGCAAGAGAGCACCGAUUCAGUUGGUCGAUCAGUACGGCUGCGUCGUCAGGCCAAAGAUCAUGUCCAGGUUCCAUAAAGUGAAGAAUUUCGGGCCAAGUGCUUCCGUCGUUAGUUUUGCUUAUUUCCAAGCCUUCAAAUUCCCUGACAGUAUGAACGUACAUUUCCAAUGUGUGAUUCAAGUUUGUCGUUAUAAUUGUCCCGAAUUGAAGUGCGGUCAUCCGGGUUUGGAAUAUGGAGCACCUGCUGCUCCGUUGUCUCAGGAUUACGGCACUCCGGCUCACCAAAGCGUGUCCUCCGAAUAUGGACAACCCCCAUUGCCAGAGUACAGUGUACCACCCGCCUAUCCUGAUCCCAGGCAUCCUAGUGGACCAGCUGGUGCUUACAGCGAGCCCAAUGCAGACGUGGUCCCAGCACCUCAAGCACAAACGUCGUCAUCGUCGCCAAGUUCGACGCCUGGCGAUGCGACCGCGAGUAGUUCACCUCAGAGUCCUCAUGAUAACAUUCAUCUCCCUCCACCUCCUCUACCCGGUCAUCCAGUUGGAGCUUAUCAAACGGUUAAAAGAAAAGGUACGGCUGGCUCGGAGGAGCUCGAGGGUAACCUAGCCACCCUCGGAGGCCGACCGAGGUCGGUCGAAGGUUUUCCAGCUGAGCUUAGGGGAGCUCGAAGACGAAGGCAUGAUCGUUUAGAGGAAGACGAUGACAGUUUCUAUCAUACCGUCACUCUAGUCACGAAUCACGUGUACAAGCGAGCUGCCCAAGAGAUGACUGACGUGAACACGUCGAGGAUUAUCCAAGUGGUUGCACCCGGUGACGUGAACUUUGCACUGGGCACGACGAAUUCGAACAAUGAUACGACAGUAGUAAUACAAAAUGCUAGCGCCUCGACUGAUCCUGAAACGAUUUGUAUGAGUUUACCAGGCUUCGUUGGGGGUUUAGUGAUGUUGCUACUUGUAGUAGUCGUAGCCUCUCUCGUGGCUGCUUUCCUAUUCGUCAGGGUACGUUCGGUCGAUCGGAAGAACGUCGGCAUUGGAAGCACCUUCGUUCAUCCGGCAUACGCCACUGAAAAUUGUACCGUACCGAAUCCUGAGUUCAUCAAGGUCGCCAAUUGAGAAGAGGCGUUCUUGUGUCAGACCACUUAAGGACCUCGAAUAAGGACCUUUACGUUGGAAGGAGGGAACGUCGACGAUCCUAAAGGGAAGGACACCCUUGGGACCCGCUCAUCGAGACGUUAUUUCGUUCACGACUCGAAAUUCAUCGAGGAUUCCUUCUUCUUAUUCCUUUUAUCCUUUUUACUUCUUCUUCUUCUUCUGCUUUUUCUUUUUCUUCUCCCGUUUCUUCAUAUUCGUCCCUUAUCGAAUCGUUUCCCUUGAAAUCAGAAUUCCUAUCUCCUUCUUUCUCUUUCUUUUUCUUUAUUUUUCUCUUUCUCUUUUUCUCCUUCCAUUCUCGUACGAUCAAAUUCUUCGCAGAGAUAUCGGGAUAGUUCGAGUAGACAUUCGGUCAUAUCGACUUUUCAAGUUGGAGGAAACUUUCUCGUUCGUAUUCUGGACCAAAUUUCUCGUGUUAAUCGAUGAGGAAAAUGGAGAAUGGGAAUGUUCUUUGGUUAAAAUUUCAAUGAAAGACUAAA